UGGGAGAAGAAGGUCGACCGUUCUGCGUAAGAGCUCUGAAACCUGCGAAAGUCUCACGGAAGACACGCAAAUCUUUAGCCUGAACUUUACACUGAGUUUUGUUUUAGUUUUCAGACGCCGUUUUUAGAGCCGUCCGAGUGGAGAGGCCAAGUGUGCAAGAGUUCACCGUAAAAUUCGCCUCGAUGCAGCGGAAUGUUUUCGCGCGUGUAACUUUCUUUUAAGCUUGCUCCGGAUCAUACUGUAGCAUGUCGACGUGGUGAAGCUCCGGACUUCCUACAGAGGGUGGAUGGUGCCUUGAAUGUAGACUGGAGUGAGCAGGGUGCAUGCUCGGAGUCGACUUUGCCCGGGGCUGGAGCCGUUUCUGCUGAACUCGCCCCUGUCAUCCGAACCUCAGAGCACAAGGAAGAGGCCGACGACGAAACUGCAAGAAGAAGAGUUAAGUGAAAGUAAUCCCGCUGGACCGAGCAAUCGCGUAAACGGUCACUGCUUUUCAGAAUCUUGCCUGAGGGAUGACAGUCUGCUUAGCUGUUUACAGCAUAUCUAGUUUGGAGAAGGGGAGCAAAGGGGGAAGUGCGAAAGUUCUCUUUCCUCUUCUUCAUGACAUCUGCCCACCAAGAUACAUCUUUCUGAAAGAGACAGUCAGGCUUACAGAGCAGGUUCCUCUUGGAUGGUCUAUACUUCUGCAAGGCCUUUGUAGUUUUACAGUUUUAACAUGAGCCUCUCUCCUCAUCAGAGAGGGAACAUUAGUAAUAUCGCCAAGCAGAGCGUUGAAGCCAUUGAGGAAGCGGCACAGCAUUCAGGAGAGGUCUUCUACAACGUGGGGGCUCCUCCUUUGGAGCAGACUCACAGCAGUGCUGGUGGCAGGGGGGACCCUAGCCAUGAUCUCCAAGGCUCAGCUGUCUUCAAGCCUGAGAAAGCAUAUCAGGUGUGGGGUCACUUUCAGCAGUCAGGUCCAGUCAAGUGGGUGCAUCAGGACCCGAUGCAGACGUCCACUUGGUUUCAGGGGAUUCAAAACCCAUCCAAACUGAGCCAGAGCUUUGGUCCUUCUAUGAGUGGAAUCGACGAUGCACGGGCUCAUCAAGCUUUGCACAAGACAAAUCAUGAUAUGGAAGCUUUGCAGCAGGAAAAAAUGGCUGUGGGUUCCUCUGCGUCCUUCUCUGAACCUUCACAAACUCUGGCACCAGGAAUGGAAUGGGAUCAUCACACGAUGGCAGCCAUGCAUCAUGCUCAGUUCCAGGCCAUCCAGCAGGGUCACAAGCCAGGAGACCCACAGUACCAACCUCACGCCAUGCGGCAUGCCAUGCCUGAUUCCACUUUGCAGCCUUUUCAGUUAGCGUUCGGACCCACUAAACAACCCCAGGCCUCUGGCUUCUUUCCAGCAUUCCACGGCAACAGUGUCCCGCAGAACGUUGGCUACAGUGAACAGCCGAAAUCACAGCAGCAGCUCCUGCACCUACAACAGCACCAAAUGCAGCAUCAGCAUCAAAUGCAGCAACUGCAGCAAAUGCACCAGCUGCAGCAGCAGCAGCAACAGCGACUGCACCAAAUGCAGCAGCAGUACCAUCAUCAACAGAAACUGCAACAGAUGCAGCAGCAGCAACUGCAACAGCAGAUGCAAAGCGUUCAACAGCCAGAAACAAUUGCUGUGCAAGCACGCUCGCAAGACCAGCGGCCAGCAAGACCUCAACAGCUGGACGAUAGUCAAUUAAAAGUAGAUUCUAGAAGUUCAGCUCAGCAGAGGCAGCCCCCUUCUGUACAGGCUCAAACACAGGAUCCAAGUCCCCAGUCUCCAGUUGGCCAGGAUUCUGGACCUGCCAAGGCACCUCAAGAACCACAAGAACCCCAAACCAAACCUGAGGUCCUCCCUCGGCGCUCUAGACGGCUCUCCAAGGACGGACUCUCUCCUGUGAGCAGCCAGCCACCCAAAGAGCCUGCCCGUAAUGGAGGUACGGGUGGCCAAGGGCCCUCUGGAGGAGUCAUCCAAAGCACACAGAGAAGGAGGAGAGCUUCCAAAGAGAUCAACCUUGAGACUCUUGCGCAGAAGGCAUCAGAGAUGGAAUUUUUGCCAGCAAAGCGUGAUGAAGGCUCAUCAAGGCAGGCUGGAAUGCUCCCGCUAGUGAUCCCUGUCUCUGUGCCUGUUCGGAGGAGUCAGGGCCAGACGGAGCAGGCGGGCAGCUGGGGUCGGGAGCAGAAGCCUUCUUCAGAGAGCGUUCAGCAGCAGUACCAAUACGACCGCAAGCCCUCCGUUAUUGUAGCCCGCCGCCGCUCAUUAAGGAACUCAGCUUCCGAAAGUUUUAACCAGGAUGAAGUGACAGAAGAUGGGAAAUCAGACAAGAUAAAGCGUAGGCCCCGGCCGGAGCCCCUGGUCAUACCCCCGCCCAAACCCUGCACCUUCAUCGCUCCCUCCCUCUACUCAAGCAUUACAUCCUACCAGAGCCACCUGCGCUCCCCUGUCCGCUCACUGGACCACCCACUGAUCUUGCCCCCCUACACUCCUCCACCCAUCCUGUCGCCCGCGCGUGAGGGAACCGGCCUCUACUUCUCAACCUUUCUGUCCUCUAUAGCAGGGGGUGCCCAGGGGCUGCCUCUACCACCUACACCUAGGACUGCUUCCAGAAGCCUCCUACGCUCCAGCAGUUCAGACAUCACUCCUCCAGUGCUUCCUCUGAUUGGAGAGGCCACACCUGUCAGUCUAGAGCCCCGCAUAAAUAUCGGCUCUCAGUAUCAGGCAGAGAUACCAGAGCUUCAGGACCCGUCUUUGGCUCUGCAGGAUCAGCACAAAGCUACUCUGGUGUGGCUGCCAUUACCAGAGGCUGAAUCUACACCCUCCCAAAAGGAGAGAGUUGACAGUCUAAUGAACGUGGCCUGCUCUAGUGUGCUGUGUGGAGGGGGGACCAACGUGGAGCUAAUGCACCACUGCCUGCAUGAAAACAAAGGUGACAUCCUGAAAACCCUGGAAAUGUUGUUGAUGAAGCACCCUGUCUUCUCCAGGAAUCACCACCUCGCAAACUACCAUUACGCAGGAUCAGACUGUUGGACUGUGGAUGAAAAGCGUUACUUCAACAAGGGGAUCACGGCCUACAGGAAGGACUUCGUCCUGGUGCAGAAACUGGUGCGGAGUAAAACAGUGGCACAGUGUGUGGAGUUCUACUACACCUAUAAGAAACAGGUGAAGGCCUCUCGCAAUGGGAUACUCAUAUAUGGCCCCCCAGAUCUACUACAGAGCACCUCUGAGAUAACUCCGAAACAAGAACACUUUGAUGAACCAGAGGAGAAGAAGCAGAAGGUGCAAACAGAAGAAACUGAAAGCGCUGGAGGUGAUAACCUCAAAACCCUGCCCCAGACAUUUCAGUUCAAAGAGGAUGUGGAUAAAGUGCUGGUGCUUAGCAUCCCGAAAAUCAGCUCUGUGGAUCAGUUCACUGCUCUGAAGAAGGAAACUCAGACGCCUCCUUCUGCUCCAAAACCCCGUCCAGAAAGCACAGGGAAAAGGGCUCAGCCAUCAGCCGCCUCCAAAAGUCAGGGAGAACCGGAGGGUAUAUUCCCCUGCAAGAAGUGCAGUAGGGUGUUCUACAAAGUGAAGAGCCGCAGUGCCCACAUGAAGAGCCACGCAGAGCAGGAGAAGAAGGCAGCAGCGGCAGCACAGAGACAAAGAGAGGAAGAGGAGCGGGCAGCGGCAAAGGCCAGGCAGGAGGCUGCGGUAGCAGGGAGGAUAAGAGCACGGCCAGACGAAGAGGGGGAUCGAGAAGACAGCAGUGAGCCGGAGGAUGACCGAGAUGAGGACUGGGCCUAAGGGGAUUUAAUGACACUGAGCUUUUUUUGGGCCAUUGAUUUGGCCAGAUAUACUUUUUUUCUGAGUUGAGUGUUUAUACUGAAACAUAUUGACCAAAGCGGUGAGGGAAAAUAGAUUGUAAAAAAGAAUACUUCUUCUAUCAUGUGAACAUGAACUGUCACAUCAAUGAACAUAACCUGUGUUAACAUACAUUGUGUGCUAGAAUCUAGCUUUAGUACUUUUAUAAAGGGUUCUUAACUGAGGCACUGUUUAUGUGUACUUAGGUGUUAGACCUUAUGAUUGAAUGUAAAUUUAACAUAAACUACACAACUAAACCAAGGUGCCCUAUAUUUGUAAUUCUCUUCUAAUGUGAUCAGUGUUUCACAGCACCUUUUGUAAUAGUGUAGGUGUUAUUUUCUAUGAAUGUCAGAAUUAUGUAUCUUUACAUAUAGUUACAGCUCUGUGCAAAAGUCAGAGACCACCCUUCAUUUAUUUUAUUUCCAGUCAGAACGUCCAUAAAAUACAAGUUAUUCGUUGUUCAGAAGCAGAUAACAAAUUUAACAGAAAAGUACACCCAAGGCUCAACAACUAAACAAAAUAUCAAGCUGUUUAGUAUUUAGUGUGUCCUCUCUUACCUUUAUUACAGCUUCCAUUCAUUUCAGGAGACUUGCUUGUACUUUUUCAAAGAAAUCUACACCUCCAAAGUUCAGUCUUAGAAGUUGGUUGCAUUUUCUGCUUCUCACUAUCUAAAUAAUCCCAAACACAUUCAGUGAAGUUGAGGUCUGGACUUCGGGGUUGUCUGUCCAUUGUUCUGGGAACGGCAGCAGCUUUUUGGUUAGCAAUUUUUUUGUCUGUCUUUUUCUCAGUAAGAGCUUCUAGACAGCUACACAUCCUAGUGUUGUCUUCUCACAGUAGAAAGAUGGGCAGAAACACCUGUGGAUUUUUUCAAAUCUGAAGCAAGAGUUGAGCACGAAUUUCUCUUCUCCCUCAAAGAUAAAAGCUUUUUUCAAAGAUAAAAGUUGUUUAUCUGAUGGUGAUAGUUUUGGUGGUCCCAUUUUCUCCAUAUCUUUUAAUAAUUUUUGAGGUCUAAUUUUGGAAAAUUGUUUUUUCACUGAUUUUCUUUUGAAGGGUGAUCUCUGACUUUUGAAUGUUGCUGUAUAAGACACUUGUUUAAAAUGAUAGCCAUAAGUGUGUAAUCUUGGUUUUUUUCAAGUGACUGUUUCAUAUGAUUCAUAUGUGUGAAAAGACUGUUAAAGUUAGGAGAAAAGAGAUUAUGAUCAAAGAGAUUGUAUUUUAUAACAGUUCUAUUAUCACUUCAAGGACACACUAUUAUUGAGAUCAUUAUUCCACAUUUUAAUUGGAUGUAUUUUGUGUAUGAAAUGUAUAAAAUGAUGGAAAAGUGUAAUAUUAACUUUUCUGUGUAUUUGAAAUGCUUUUCAUCUUUUUUUAUACAGAGUUUUUAAUAGUUUUCAAUAAUGAGGGUGCACAUUUUUUUAUACAGAAGUGUAAGGUGUAAGGUGGUUGUUUUAAUUAAAAACAUCCAUCUGGAGCUGGGGUAUCUGUCUUCAUCUUAUAGCCAUAAAUCCAUUACAGUUUUGUUUUAUGUUUUUUGAAUACAGAAUAAUAAAACUGUGCCUGCAAAUACAAGCAGAAUUGA